GUAAAUUUUACACAGUAUUUUACUCGUAUAUAUGAAUAUAAAUCAGUGAAGAGCGUGUUGAAGUACUAAUGUGAUGGAAUCGACAAACCUGUGCCACUGCUGCCUGCAGCUGCCGGCGGAGAAAGAUUUGUGUACACCGUACACUCGUCUCGGCAUAACGGAAAUAUACUCAGUUAUGAUCGAAGAAUGCUUUGUAAUCAAACUGACACCAAGUAACAAUGGCAAGAGUGGUAUCUGCGAGGUGUGUCUGGAGCGCCUGCGGGAGGCGUGCCACUUCAAGAUGCAGGUGCAGCACUGCCAGGCCGAGCUGCAGGAGAGGUUGGAGGGAGGACUGAGUGUCAAAGACGAGGAAGUCUUAGAUGAACCUGAAGAUGGCGCGUGCAGCGAGCCUUUCGAGCCUUCUCUACGUUCAGACGGGGUGUCCCCGGUCCCGCCGUGUGAAGACUGGCCGCCUGACGAACAUCUGUUACCCGGCGAGUACGGAGAUAGCACGGCAGCUCUGUCCCUGCGCUGUAGGCAGCAGCUCGCGCUGGCGUGCUCCGUGAGGCUCAAGCGCCUCCGCGACUCCCCGCGCGCGAGCCAGCCGUGUCCCGUGACUUCACACCGCGAGCCGAGCCAGCCGUGUCCCGUGACGUCACACCGCGAGUCGAGCCAGCCGUGUCCCGAGACGUCACACCGCGAGCCGAGCCAGCCGUGUCCCGUGACGUCACACCGCGAGCCGAGCCAGCCGUUUUUCGUGACGUCACACCGCGAGUCGAGUCAGCCGUGUCCCGUGACGUCACACCGAGAGCCGAGCCAGCCGUGUCCCGUGACGUCACACCGCGAGCCGAGCCAGCCGGGUCCCGUGCCGUCACACCGCGAGCCGAGCCCCGCCAGCAGUGUGCAGGACGCGCCCCCUCACACAUCCGCGGAGGAACAAGCACAAACACACGACACUCGCCCCACACACACACCACACCACUCUAGUUUAAUCACACAUCAACAAGACCAUAUUGCACCACAAACAAAUAAGAAGACCUACUAUUGCGACAUGUGUAGUCAGCUAUUUACGUCAAAACUUACUUUAAUCCGACAUAUCAGAACACAUACACACCCGGAACAUACAUGCGGAGUUUGUAAUGAAGCAUUUCUAAAUAGCGUAUUACUGAAUAAGCAUUUAAGAUUUCACUCAGCAGAGAGACCGUACGUUUGUGGUGAAUGCAAUAAGCGAUUUGCAACAAAAACCUAUUUGUAUAUACACACAAGAGUCCAUACUGGCGUGAAACCAUACAAAUGUAAAGAAUGUAACAAAGAAUUCACACAAAAAACUUAUUUAGUUAGCCAUGAAAGAAUCCAUAGUGGACUGAACCCAUACAAAUGUAAAGAAUGUAGCAAAGAAUUCACACAAAAAAGCAAUUUAGUUAUCCAUGAAAGAACCCAUAGUGGAAUGAAACCAUACAAAUGUAAAGAAUGUAACAAAGAAUUCACACUAAAAGGGAAUUUAGUUAUCCACGAAAGAAGCCAUAGUGGAAUGAAACCAUACAAAUGUAAAGAAUGUAACAAGCAAUUUACAAGAAAAGAUAAUUUAAAGUACCACGAAAGAGUCCAUACUGGCGUGAAGCCAUACAAAUGUAAAGAAUGUAACAAAGAAUUCACAGCUAAACAUUCUUUAGUUAUCCAUGAAAGAACCCAUAGUGGAAUAAAACCAUACAAAUGUAAAGAAUGUAACAAAAAAUUCACACAAAAAACUAGUUUAGUUAUCCAUGAAAGAAGCCAUAGUGGAAUGAAACCAUACAAAUGUAAAGAAUGUAACAAGCAAUUCAUAUAUAAACAAUCCUUAGUUAUCCAUAAAAGAACCCAUAGUGGAAUAAAACCAUACAAAUGUAAAGAAUGUAACAAGCAAUUCACAUAUAAACAAUACUUAGUUAUCCAUGAAAGAAGCCAUAGUGGAAUGAAACCAUACAAAUGUAAAGAAUGUAACAAGCAAUUUACAAGAAAAGAUCAUUUAAAGUACCACGAAAGAGUCCAUACUGGCGUGAAGCCAUACAAAUGUAAAGAAUGUAACAAAGAAUUCACAGCUAAACAUUCUUUAGUCAUUCAUGAAAGAACCCAUAGUGGAAUGAAUCUAUACAAAUGUAAAGAAUGUAACAAAGAAUUCACACUAAAAGGGAAUUUAGUUAUCCACGAAAGAAGCCAUAGUGGAAUGAAACCAUACAAAUGUAAAGAAUGUAACAAGCAAUUCACAUAUAAACAAUACUUAGUUAUCCAUGAAAGAAGCCAUAGUGGAAUGAAACCAUACAAAUGUAAAGAAUGUAACAAGCAAUUUACAAGAAAAGAUCAUUUAAAGUACCACGAAAGAGUCCAUACUGGCGUGAAGCCAUACAAAUGUAAAGAAUGUAACAAAGAAUUCACAGCUAAACAUUCUUUAGUCAUUCAUGAAAGAACCCAUAGUGGAAUGAAACCAUACAAAUGUAAAGAAUGUAACAAGCAAUUUACAAGAAAAGAUCAUUUAAAGUACCACGAAAGAGUCCAUACUGGCGUGAAGCCAUACAAAUGUAAAGAAUGUAACAAAGAAUUCACAGCUAAACAUUCUUUAGUUAUCCAUGAAAGAACCCAUAGUGGAAUGAAACCAUACAAAUGUAAAGAAUGUAACAAAAAAUUCACACAAAAAACUAGUUUAGUUAUCCAUGAAAGAAGCCAUAGUGGAAUGAAACCAUACAAAUGUAAAGAAUGUAACAAACAAUUUUCACAAGUACAUAGUUUAGAUUAUCAUGUUAAGUCUAACCACGGCUAUACAAAAGACAGUAUACAAUUCACACAGAUAGAAAAUAUCGUGGCUUAUGAAAACGACACGUCGAAGAACAACCAUUCAGAUACAAUGACGGUAACCAGCAAUCAAGUCGAAAAGAUAGUUUAAAGACGCAUAAAAUGAGUCACAUCGGAGAGAAGCCGUAUAGAUGUGAAGAAUGUAAUAACCACAUUACAUCAAAAUCUGAAUUAGAAAGACAUAAAAAAAUACAUACCGAUGAACAGUCAUACGAAUGCGAAAUAUGUGAAACCAUUUUUUUCGAUGAAAUAAGUUUAAGGAAACAUGUUGAAACACAUAUAUCCAGGAUACCAUAAAUUUGUUAAAUUCUUUCGUAAAAUGGUUUGUAUAUAUCUAUAUUUCGUAAAAUGGUUUAUAUAUGUUCAACGAGCUGCAUGCUCCGAUUGUGCGUGAGCCUCUGAACCGCGCGCCACGGCUGUUACGCAGGGCUUUUAGCUUAGACCUUUGUUAUUGUUAUUAAGUAAUACUAACUCAUUUUAGUUGUAGUAUCUUAGUAUUUAGUAUUAAUAAUUUUAGUUUUAAUUUUUAGUUAAAAACUUACUAACCUAUGAGUUGUCUGAAAUUAAACGCAUUUUAUUAAUUUAUUUAUAUAUAGCUCAGUUUAAUGUUGUUAUUCCAACAAACGAAACUUUCAUUUCGGAAAUAGUAAAUUUCGAUUCGCAUACCAAAAUUUGAGAAGUUUCUGAAAUUUUACCGACGGCACAUCAGUACAUUUGAAUACUGGGGUUACUAAGAAGGAAAACACCGAUUUUCUUGCUUCUUGUUUGCUAAGUGUAUAUGUGGACUCAAUAGAGCGCCGGGCUCAUAGACUCUUUGGCGAUGACCCAUCUGUCAAGUCAAGGAUACAGAGCCUUGAGCAUCGCCGUCGAGUCGCUUGCCUAUCGGUGUUCUAUCGGAUACAUUUCGGGAAGUGCGCACAGGAACUACACGACCUGAUCCCACCUUCCCCUUUUCAUCAUCAGACAUCCAGGCGCGGGGAGCGAAUGCACCCGUUCGUGGUCCACAUUCCAUUCGUUCGGACGAAACGUUUUGCCUCCUCCUUUUUGGUACGGACGGCUAAGGAAUGGAAUGCGCUCCCGCCAUCUGUAUUCCCUGAUCAAUAUGACCUCGGUCUCUUUAAAACAAGAGUGAAUAGGCUGUUACUGAACCGGUGAGCUCCAUCUUAGGCCCUGUCUUCACUUUCCAUCAGGUGUGACUAGGGCCAUUCGCCGAUCAGUUUAUAAUAAAUAAAUAAAAAAAAUGUAUAGAUGUUCCCACGGCCGCGACCGGAUCAGAAUGAAGAACGCUUUCUUUUUAUAUGUUCCAAGGAUUCUUUACACGCUUGGAGUCUCGUCUGGCGGUGGGAUAGUUGAUCUGAACAAUGCUCGAUGGUGAAUCAAGUUUUUAGUGUAACUCGUUGCCAUGGUUACAAGGGAUCCCUUUGUUUGACAUAAUUAUUGAAAGACAUAUUGAUUGUCAGAUUAUUAUUUGUUAUAAUUCUGAAACCGUUAACUUUUCAGGAUUUUCGUAUGGGUGUAUAGAUAGGGGGUCUCUAUUGUUUGACAUAAUUAUUGAGUCAUAAUUAGGGAUGGUAUAGAAAGGAUGCCAAUCUCUUAUGGCAGAAUUGUUGCAAAAGUGACCGCUUUCAGCUUUAAAUAAUAGUUCCUAAUCUCUCCGGUGGCGCUAGUUAGGCUCUGGGACAUGAGUAUAAAAUGAAAUUACGUAGGUUGUUUUUGGUAGUAGUUUAUUUCGGUGUAUGGUGGCGCCGCCUAAUUACUGAUUUUUGAUGGACACUUUUCAUACAUAGAGAUUUGGCUCCUUUAUAUAGUCUCCAUGGUCAUAAUGUAAUGAUUGUCAUAUUAUCAUUAGUCAUAAUUUGGUUUUUAUCAGAAACGCGUAACUUUUCAGGAUUGCCAUAAAACAAACCUAAUCUAACCUAUCUAUAGGAUAACCCGAGGAAAAUCCUGAAAAGUUAACGGUUUCAGAAUUAUGACUAAUGAUAAUAUGACAAUCACUACAUUAUGACUUUCAAUAAUUAUGUCAAACAAAGGGACCCCAUAGAUAGGUUAGGUUACUUUGGUUUGUUUUAUGGCAAUCCUGAGAAGUUACGCGUUUCUGAGAAAAACCAAAUUAUCACUAAAGAAAAUGCGGACAAACAAUACAUUAUGACAAAACUUUAUGGGAAACAAUAGAGACCCUGGUUACGAUUAGUUGUUCAGGGGACAAAAGACUUUAUGCUAUUUAAAUGUACCAAACGUGUAUUUUUGUGGUAGUUAAGGUUAUAACCAAUUUCCAUAAUAGGCCAUCUACUAAGCAUGUUAAUAGAACGGCAUACAGAAGAUGAAUAAAUUGAUUCAUUAUGACAUGGUUCUAUAGUGGCCUAAUAAUCAAAUUGGUUGACUGUACAUAUGCAAGGUGACACAUGUCAUUUGAGGGUAC